AAUGACAGCAAACUGUAAGACAAUGCGCGCGCGUGUGUGUGGUAUAAAAUUUAAGUCACCAAGAAGGCCCAAGAACCGGUCGCAAGCUGAGAUAUGAAUCGAGCACAGAAUCUCAUUUCAGCUACGUUUUCCAGCUGUUUCCUUUAGAAGAAGAUGACGAUCGAGAGUUUCUUUUCCCUUUUGUAGUUUUUAUUUGUGUUUUUCCACUUUUUUGUAGAAGAUGAGCAAAAAUACAGCAACUUUUUCCUUACUUUCUAUCAAACUCCUUUUUUUAAAUAUUUUCCCAUUUUCCCAGAAGAGCACUACUUUUUUCUGACAUUCUUAUACAAGCGCGCAAGACUUACCGAAAGAUAGAGUUAGCGGAUUCAUGCGUUUUGCAAGAGUAGGAGCGGAUUCGAAGAACAAGGCCACCUUAAGGUAAAUCCACAAACAACUUGAAUCGCGCGACUUGAAAGCGUCUAGGUGAAUGGGGGAAGCGAAAGUAAGAACAUACAUAUUAUCCGAUAAAUAAAUAGCAAACAACAACAAGAAGAAAAAAACAAGCAAGAAAACAAAGGAACACACAGUUUGCAAAUAAGUGUAAAAUUGAUUAAUUGAUAAGUAAUAUAAUUUUAUCGAUUAUUAGACAAAAUACACAAACCGCUUGAUCGUACACGUCAAACGAAUAAUGGAGCUGAUCGUUGAACCGAGCGAGACAGAGAAGCUAGAGAGAAGCAACAAACGAUGUAUGCAAAAUGGAUAAAUCAAACAAGAAAACAAACAAAAUGGCGAUGACAAAACUUCAUGCGAACUAUUUCUACGCGUUAUUACAAGCGGAGCGUCGGCAAACAGAAUGUUGUUUCGUACCAAUUGAGGAUCGAGGAUAGGUUUACAAAUAUACACAGUACAAGAAGAGGCAAACCCAAACACACACAUACACAAACAUGAACACACCCAUAAUCACACAUCGUAUGACAUUAUCCGAAAGGGCACUCUCAAAAAUGUACUACAGCUAUCCUUUUCAUGAUUUACCAGUUCCUCGCAUCAUAUACACACGCACACACGCAGAGUGUGUGUGUGUGUGUAUAUGUGUAAAAUAUCCUUCUUCAGCAUUUGGCAGCAAAGUAAACGUUUGCCUUCGCAUCCGAAACCAUUUUCCCCGAUGUGUUCCUCCCUGUCUGUCCUCAAUUCAAAAGGAAAUUGUUGAAGCAAACACAGGCACACGUACAACACGACACCACACACACACAUACAUUUGAAGCAAUACUACGCUUUCUAAGGGCAUACCCCGGCAUACCAGUUGUCUCUAUUCGAUAUUGUCAUCAUCUAAUCCCGCACAUUUCCCCAUCAAAACAAAGCAUUAUUUCUAUCUCUGAUAAGCAAAUGCAAAGCAAACAAAAAUGUAACAAAAACAUACAAAAAAAAAUUAUCGAAUAAGAAAACUAUCCUCCAAGCAAGUACGCAAUAACGUUAAACGAGAAAAGAAGAAGAAGAAAAAACACAUAACAACAGAAGAGAUAAAAUAACGCGAAACAAGAAGAAAAAGCAGGAGAAAGAAAAAGGAAACCGAAAAAAGAACAAAAUACAUUACUCAAAACUCUGCUGUGUUACGCGAUCUGACGACAAAGAGAAAGAGAGAGAGAAAGAGAGAGCGAGAGAGAAGGAGAGAGAAAGAAACAAAAAACAUGUUUUGUCUACUACCAAUUUUACUGCUAUUAAAGAAGGCGAAAAAGCAACCGCUAAAAUAAAAGUUUUUAAAAUCUGUUCUCCUAUUCUACAACUGAUUUCUCUUCAACUGUCAUGUUCUUUCUUUAAGAUUUUUUUUCCUUUUACUUUCGUUUUUCUCACAUUCACAUCACAUGUCUUUGUUCAAACUGUUCUGUUUUGUAUCACAUCCUUUCGCUCCACAAAAUCAAAAGCCGGAAGAAGUUGUUCCAUCUUACUGUCUUAUCUCUCAACUUCCCGAUGUCUUUGCGUGCGUUUUGCUAUCCUGUCUGUGUUUCUUGUUCGUUUGUUUUCCGUCCUCUAUCUUGUUAACAACCCUUUUUAAUUACGUUUUCCUUCAGAACUGAGUGGGAAAGUCGAAGAACACACACAUUUUCUAGUUAGCUCAAAACUAAAGCAACUCGCCAAGGAACUGUGAACUGCGAUCACCUGAAUACUAUGUCUUUUGGAGGGUACAGAUAGCACUAAACAUCAUUGCAAGUUAUUAUUAUACUAGAGUAAAGCAAAGCAAACAUCCUUGUCUGUUAAAACACCAUCGGUAACAUGCAAACGAGAAGGUAACAAAACAAAGCAAAGAAAGAAAUGAAGAAGCGACCGUUAGCAGCUAGAUAAACCAUGAAAGAAAGCUAGAUAAUCGACUUGCACGCGUGCGUUUUGGCAGAAAUUGAACAACAAUUUGUAAACAAAUUAUGUAAGCAACGUAAACAUGAAAAAAACACAAAAACACUUUAACAAAGGGAAGAAACAAAUUAUCUUGUGCAGUGUGUGCGUGUACUUUUUAGGUGUAGCAUUUCUUUCAAAUAUUUUCUUAUUGAUAAAAGGUGAACCAAGUGGAGAACAAAUAAGACAAGUAUGAUAUAAAUUAAUAUUUGCUUCACAUCUGUUAAAAAAAAGAACCGCGAGCGACAUGGGGUUUAACGGGGUGGGGGUGGGAGACUGGUAGUAUUACGAUGAUUAUGAUGUUGCGCAAAGGGAAAAUAAACACAACCUUACACAAACACUCAGUGGCAGGAUGGAGGUGAAGAAUUGAGAAGACAGCAAAACCAACGAGACAGUCUUUAUCAAGGAGGUUAAAAGCGCUUGCAUGAAUGGAAGAAAGAAGACGAACCAAAAAGAAAACAAAAUUGACAAAACAGAACAAACAGACUACCAGAAUUAAGAACGUAACAAAAACAAACUAUGAUUAAAUCAACAUUUAAGCAAAUUUAUUAAACGAUAUUUAAGCGAUUAUAAUUGACUACAACACACACACACAAGGCCAAGGCCUAUUUGUCAAGCCAAGGCAGAUGAUGUGCUAACAGGAGAGAACCAACAACAAAAAAACACACACACACAGAGGAAUCUUUCAAACUUUAUAAAGUUUAGCUAAGCUACAUUACUCUCUCACACAGACACACACAUACGAUCACACAGGAUGGUUAUCACAGACAGGCAGGAAACAAAAAUCACACUCACAAAGUGACAUUCUUUCUAAAGCUAUUGCCCGCGUUUGAGAAGCAAAGAAAAAAACACGGAAGUAAAUGAGAAGAGCAUGACACAAGUAACAAAACUAUGGCAAAAAAUUGUUAAAAUAUUCAAAACAAACAAACAAACAAACAAGAAAAGGCAAACCACAAAUCAUCUCUAGCUGUGUUUUCAUCAAUUAAAAAGAAAUGCGAAACAAAAUAAAGAAACACAACCAA